AUGGUCCAGCACGUGCUUGCGGGUCUCCCUCUCCCGGGCCAUAAUGUCAGUGACCCUGUGAUACCCGUGGUGCUCAGGGUGUCCAUGAGACCCAUGAGGCUCGUGAGGUUCACCCGAAUCCACGAGGCGAGGCCACUAAGUCCCGCGAGGUUCAUCAUGCCCAUGCGGUUCAUUGGACCCGUGACUCCCGUCGUGGACGCGACGCCGGUGUGCAUGGUAACACCUACUCCGUUUCCAACACGGCGACCAAGCUUUCACCAUUCGCGGCUCAAGAGCAAACCCAUCGCGAGCCCGAGACGCUGAGACCUUCCGCUCCUUCAGCCGAAAGUCGUUAGCCGCCCUCGCAACAGGAUCCC